UGGCUCAACAGCGGGCACCGCGUCAUCUGGCAAGGCAGUGGGCUCCGAAUCAACAGGCACGACAGUGGGCACCGGGUCAUCAGGUACCGGAUUGUCUGGCUCGACAGCGGGCACUGGGUCACCAGGCAUCAGGCAGUGGGCACCGGGUCACCAGGCAUUGGAUCGUCUGGCUCGACAGCGGGCAUCGGGUCACCAGGUAUGACAGCGGGCACUGGGUCACCAGGCAUCAGGUCAUUUGGCUCGCCAGCGGGCACCGCGUCAUCUGGCAAGGCAGUGGGCACCGAGUCACCAGGUACGACAGCGGGCUCUGAGUCAAUUGGCACGACAGCGAGCACCGGAUCAGGUACCGGAUCAUCUGGAUCAACAGCGGGCAUCGAGUCAACUGGCCUAAUAGGAUCAUCAGGCUGGAUCAGUUCAUCAUGCUGGGUAGAGGCAUCAGGCUGAAUGCCGGCGUCCGGCUGAGUAGAGGCUUCAGGAGUAGAGGCUUCAGGCCGAGUAGAGGCUUCAGGCCGAGUAGAGGCUUCAGGCCGAGUAGGCUUCAGGCCGAGUAGAGGCUUCAGGCUGAACCACGGAAGGCAGGUUCACCAGUUUGGAUACUGGCAGGA